ACGUGCGCGCGCGCGCGCGGCAUACGACACGCGCCUGGAAGCGCUGUUCGCAUUUGCAGCGUCUUUCCUUUUAAUGAAUCACUGCCGGGAUUUAAAAAUCUGGACUUCCGAUUUCGUUUUUUUUUCGUACCCUCGGCCGCCACGAGCCGAGCAUGGGCUGCGCGAUCUCAGGCACGGGUUUGGCGCCGAAAGUGGCGCGAGACGCGGGGGAUUCGGUGCUCGCGCGCCUCAGCGGAGAGCAGGUGCAUCUGAUAAAAGAGUCGUGGAAAGUGAUCCAGGAGGACAUCGCCAGAGUGGGAAUUAUUAUGUUCGUCAGGCUGUUUGAGACCCAUCCAGAAUGCAAAGAUGUCUUCUUCCUGUUCCGAGACGUGGAGGACCUAGAGCGGCUGCGAACCAGCAAAGAGCUGCGAGCACAUGGGCUGCGGGUGAUGUCCUUCAUUGAGAAGAGCGUGGCCAGACUAGACCACGUGGAACGGUUGGACCAACUUGCCCUGGAACUGGGGAAGAGCCACUACCGCUAUAACGCUCCUCCAAAAUAUUUUGACUAUGUGGGGGCAGAGUUUAUCUGUGCUGUUCAGCCAAUUCUGAAGGAAAAUUGGACUACAGAACUGGAGGAGGCAUGGAAGACCUUAUUCCUCUACAUCACCACAAUAAUGAAGCAAGGGUACCAGGAGGAGGAGAAGAACCAUACCAACAAUCUUGCUGCUUCCAGACGGGAGAAACCUGAGAAGAUGAACACAGCACUUUAAAAACCUUCACUUUCCAUGCAGAGUGGCUCAGCUGCAGACACUCCUAGAGACUGAGUGACUAAUACUGAAAGAGAACACCACAGCCUACCAAUUGUAAAUAGAGUAUUUACUAAGUUUUAAAUUACAUUUAAUGUAAGAUGUUUCA